UCCAGUGCAGGGCAGUGGCUAGUGUGAGAGAAAUCAUUAGCAAUGCAAAGUCAUGGUGCUCUGAUACUCUUGUUCACAGUUACAGAUUGAAAAAAAAAAACUAGCAAUCUGCUUUUGUGAAUAUAAAUGUUUCUGGAUGUACUUGAUUCCAAACUGCAGCUGAAGACCCAGAACCAAAGAUGAACUGGGUAUCAUUUUACGCUGUCAUCAGUGGCGUGAACAGACACUCCACCGGCAUCGGUCGCAUCUGGAUCUCUGUCCUCUUCAUUUUCCGCAUCCUGGUGCUGGUGGUGGCAGCAGAGAGCGUGUGGGGCGAUGAGAAGUCCGGCUUCACCUGCAACACCCAGCAGCCGGGCUGCAACAGUGUCUGCUAUGACCACUUCUUCCCCAUCUCUCACAUCCGCCUGUGGGCGCUCCAGCUCAUCCUGGUCUCCACUCCCGCGCUGCUGGUGGCCAUGCACGUGGCCCACCGUCGCCAUGUUGACAAGAGGCUCUACAGACAGUCAGGACGGACCAACCCCAAAGACCUGGAGCAGAUAAAGACGCAGAAGAUGAAAAUCACAGGCGCUCUGUGGUGGACGUACGUCAUCAGCCUGUUCUUCCGUAUUGUCCUCGAGGUCAUCUUUAUGUACUUGUUUUACAUGAUCUACCCUGGUUACAAGAUGAUCAGGCUGGUGAAGUGUGACUCGUACCCUUGUCCCAACACGGUGGACUGCUUCGUGUCGAGGCCCACGGAGAAGACGGUCUUCACUGUGUUCAUGUUGGCUGCGUCUGGGGUGUGUAUUCUGCUCAACAUUGCAGAGGUGUUCUUCUUGGUGGGGAAGGUCUGCAGUAAGCAUUUGCACAAUGCUGGAGACUCAACUAUGGGGGCCUGGAUCCAACAAAAACUCUGCUCACUCUAACGUAGAUUAUAUAGAUCAUAUCUGCACCAAGGAAAGUGACAGAAAGAGUUAACUCAUGAGGAAGAUACAUCAAAAAUAUAUACUGUUAUACUACAAAGAAUUCACUGCCAUUAUCUUCACACGACCAAAUUCACAUCAGUGAAACAACACCAACAACAAUAUAAUGUAACAUGAUAUAAUAGCUUUGGUAAUUGAUGUUUGGCCAAAUAAAGAAUACUAGAGAAUAGGGAAUAAUUACAGUAAUCAUUUUUAAAAGCAAUGUUGCAGCUGACCACAUCAGGCUUUAAUUGGCAUUGGCUUUUUGACACUUUGAUUUUGAUGAAGGCUUUUGGUCUUGAAAUGAAAAUAUUAAAUUUAGAUUUCAUCUGCUGAAAAUACAAUGUACACCUGAUCAUUUAAUUUAUAAUAUUCUGUUGUUUACAUCAAAUAUCAUCACAAUUGUUAUGGCUUUUGUUCAGCUGUUAUAGGUAAGAUGUUUGACUAAUACAUGGAAAAUAUGUUGGAUUAUAUAAAUGUUAAAUUAUAUGAUAUUGUAUGUUUUGUUUAAUAGAGAUUUUUGAUGGUUUAAUGGCUCCUUUAUACACAAAGUAAUGACUUCAGAAAAAAAACUAAACAUUUUAUUUCAGUUCAUUCAUUUUGUAGCUGGAUGUUUGAAUAUUGUCAAUACACAGAUAAAAUCAA